AAGUCGCGCACCUGCCGAGAACGAGAUCCAAUAUGUCAGCCCCCAUAAUACUUGUCAGGUGAAACUUUAAAUGACGAAAGAGUAAGAAAUUUAUAUUGGUGUUCAUUUGUAAACCCGUUAGAAUGGAACAAGUAUCUGACAAUCCACAGUCUGCGAAGGAAGAAACACAAGAACCAGAAAUGUCAGCAACAAUGUCCAAGAAACAACUUAGAAGGCAACAGCGGCAGGAAAAAUGGUUGUCAAUCAAAGCAGAAGUGAGAGCUAAAGAAAAACAGAGGAAAAAACAGAAAAGGAGAGAGGCCUUAGAGAGAGGAGAUACCAUGGCACCCACUCGAAAAAAAUUGCGAAGUAAUACAAUGGCAAAAUCCUCCUGUAAAACUUCUGUAGUAAUAGAUUGCUCAUUGGACAGUUACAUGGGUGAAAAGGAUAUUAUGAAACUGGUGAAGCAGAUUCAGUUUUGUUACUCCAGCAAUAGGCGGUCACAGAAUCCCAUGCAAUUUUUUGUCACAGGAGUACAGGGUCAAACAGAAUCUAGACUACAGUGUAUUGGAGAUUAUCAGAACUGGGAUGUGAAUUUUACAAACAAGGAUUACUGUGACAUAUUUGAAAAGAAGGACAUUGUCUAUCUGAGUAGUGAAUCUGAUAAUGUACUUCAAGAGUUGGAGCCAGAAAAGGCCUACAUUAUCGGUGGACUGGUGGAUCAUAAUCAUCACAAAGGCCUUUGUCAUGCACUAGCUGUAGAGAAAGGUGUGAGUCAUGCACAGCUUCCCAUCUCAGAGUACUUGGAUAUGAAAACCAGAAAAGUCCUCACAAUUAACCAUGUGUUCGAUAUACUUCUGAAAUACACAGAAACUAAGGACUGGUUACAGUCAUUUUGUGCUGUUCUCCCUCAAAGGAAAGGUGCUCAGGCUAAAGGCGCUGGUGAGACUAGUUCACAGACAGAAACAAAGACAUCUGAUGGGUGUGUCAGUGGGGGUGUGAGCGGUGACGAAUCAGAUUCAGGGCCCGAGGAUUCAUCAGCAUCUAAUAUCAUCCAGUGUAGUGACUUAGUAAAUGAUAAUAGUACAGCAUCUGUAGAUGAUGGAGAGGCAAGAGAACAGUUAUCAAAUGUUUCUGUAAAGGACCAAGUGGAAAGCACAGAUCUCAGUUCUGAUGUUGGCAAGUCGUGACACAGGAUUGUCAAACGAUAGAAUUUUUUUUGUAGAUUUCCAUUUAAUAAAAUUUAGAGUAAGAGCCAAGGGAUAUGAAUUAAUAGCAAGCAAAAUAAAUGGAUGUAAAAUAACAUUCCAUUUUGUUUUUAUUUCCUUUUAAUAUUUUGAUUAUAUUUUUGAAAUAAUGAUUUUUUCCCAUAUACUAACAUUAUGUGAUUCUUAAGCCCACAAGACUAAACAACAUAUGAAAAGUUU